AUGCCCCGAUCCGAAUCCUCAACGCCAUCAUCAUUAUCCCUCAUCCGCUCAUCCCGAGCUCGUUCCAACCCUUAUCCCAAAAUCCAGCCAAAAACCAGACCUAGUCCUAAAAAAGGAGAUAAUAGUCAAAAGGUCAAACAAGAAUAUUUUGACGACAUGGAAGAUAGAACAAGUGAUCUCGUUCCUUCUUCAUCACCUUUCCCUUCUCCCAGUAGCUCAACAGAAGAAGGAGAGGAUGAACUUGUUUCUGAAUUCGAUUUAGGAAUGGAUGAGGAGAAACCGACUUUCAGCGACUCGGACUUUGAAUCGACCAGACCGAAGAAAAAAUUCAAAACCAAGACGAAACCUGACACACCCAAGAAAUCAAGUAAUGGCGGUACACCUCGAAAGACCGGUGGAGUGGGUAGAGCAUGGACAGGAGAAGAAGAUUGGAUUUUGUUUAGGGAGUUACAUCCAAAGGUGGGGAAACCUGAUUGGAUGGGUGUAGCGAAUAAAGUAGGUAAUGGAAGGGAUUCAAAGUCAUGCCAAAAUCGAUAUGCCUUGAUUUCAAAGAAGCUCGAGGGCGUCAUCAAAUCAAUUGGAGGGGCUUAG